UCAUUCACUCCCACUCUCUCGAGCAGGCGAGCACACUCAGGAUCAGACUACACACCUGUACACAUUGAUGGGUUGCAUGAACACUCGCACACAUUGACAAGUAUCUUGUCAUUGAUUUGGCUGUAACAGAAGUUCUGCAUGUGGUGAGACAUUUGGUAAUACAUUCGAGACGAACAUGGACCACACGAACCAUAACCAUGACCACAGCAAAAUGGCUGGCAGCAUGGCUCCUCCCAUGGUCACAGGCUCCCACGAGGAUCAUCUAGGGGGAGGUGGAGGGGGCCAUAUGAUGAAAAUGACCUUCUACUUUGGCUACACAAACGUGGAGCUGCUGUUUGCCAGCCUUGUCAUCAACACACCUGGAGAGAUGGUGGCGGCCUGCUUUGGUUGUUUCCUGCUGGCUGUGCUCUACGAGGGUCUUAAGAUUGGCAGGGAGUUUCUGCUGAGGAGGAACCAGGUCAACGUGCGUUACAACUCCAUGCCUGUCCCGGGGGCAGACGGCACCAUGGUCAUGGAGACCCACAAGACUGUAGGCCAGCGGAUGCUGAGUAUGGCACACUUGCUGCAGACGGUGUUACACAUCAUCCAGGUGGUGGUCAGCUAUUUCCUCAUGUUGGUCUUCAUGACCUACAAUGCUUAUCUGUGUAUCGCCGUUGCAGCCGGGGCAGGCGUCGGAUACUUCUUAUUCAGCUGGAAAAAGGCUGUGGUUGUUGAUAUCACCGAACACUGUCACUAAUGGCCCCCUCCCCGGUCUCUCCAUCCUCCACCCACACACACACACAUACAUUCACACACAGGUAUUCUCCAUGUAAUCGUCAUCAUCAUGCAUCCAGUUUUAUAUACGUUUAUCUUAUUUAAAUGGUUCACGUUGUCACACAAGUUGCUUGAUGGAAAAUGUGAAUUACGACUGAGCUUUUACAUUUGUGACAUUCAAGUCUGUCCUUUUAGUAGGUCCAGAAGACUACCCUCGACAACUAGCAUGAUGUUGGUAUUCCAAAUGCUGGCUUCUGUUAUACCAACACCACUCCUGUCUGGCUCCACAGCUCUGUCAAGGGCCAAACAUCCACUUCCCCCAGUCGUGCCAUUCUUCCAUUCUGUUUUUGUUAUUGCGCAACAACCAGUGCAGGUUCAUCCUUGUAGCACUGGGGCUCUAGGCUCUUCUACUCAGAGGGCUAUUUAUGACCCUUAAAUCUUUUCUCAUUGAAGAUCAUUGUGAAUAGGGCCCAGAGUUUUUCCUGACCCCACCUGGGCCCAAGUUAAAGCCAAUGUGUUCUUCUGAAGCCUUGUCAUAUCUGCAUUCCAUCUGACAAUCUGGCGGGGGGGGGUCGUCUAACAUAAUCAGGGUCUCUCAACUACAGGAGUCAAAGGUCAUACUUGGGAUUGUGUGGAGAUGGUGGGGCAGCUCUGGCUGUAUGACUAAGCCUUACUAAACCCUUUGCCUUAAAGGAGGGAAACAUGACAGCCUAGGCCAACUGUAGUCUACUGACAAGUGCCAGUGCUAUUUUAAAGACGUUUGUCCAGUGGACAAGCAGUCAAGUACAGUACACUUUAAAUGUUGUGUGAUUAUAUACAUUAGUGUAAUGCAGCAGAGCGCGACAACCUUUGAGACCCUCUUCAUGAGACACACUGCUAUGCAGUGUUCAAUUUUGGUAAUUUAUGAAUGACAACCUCAUUAUUUACCAAUGACACUUGGCACUCGAAGGUUUGAUCUGACACACAAAUGUAAAUUGCUCUUGUACAUCAAGAAGCCAAUAUAAAAUGUUCAUUAUAUAACUUGGGAGUAACUUUUGGUGCAUUCAUUCAAUAGGCUUAAAUUAGUUCACAUGUCAACACAACAUGGACACUAGUGUCCUUAUUGGAGCAAGUGCUCAGAUCCCAAGGGCAAGCAGGGAACUAUGGGAAAGUACGAGGAUGGAUCUAGUGCUUUCUCAGACUGGCCUAGUAACACAUGAUUACUGCACCUCUUGUGACCUAUCGGUGCUUACGCCUCACAGUUCACACUUUGACAGGAGGGGAUAUCUAUGAAGUAGAACCUAAAGAGAAAGUUGUAUUUUUAGUUUCUUGAUUAUAUUUUUUUUCAUCUCUGAGAAAUGACUAGUAAAUGUUUAUCAAUUGCCUAAAGCUGUGUUUUACACAGGCAGUCUGAUUCUGAUCUUUUAAUGAUUUGGCAAUAGAGCUGAUUUGAUUGGUUAAAGGACCAAUUAGCGGAAAUGUCAGAAUUGUCUGUCUCUGUAGACUGGCAGCCCAAUUCUGAUUUUGUUUGUUUGUUGUUGCACUCAGUUAAUUGGUCUUUUGACCAAUCAGAUCUGGAGAAAUAUCGGUUGUAGAAAGAUCUGAUGUGAUUGGUCAAAAGACCAAUUAGUGAAAAAAAUAUCAGAAUUGAGCUGCUUGUCUAAACACAGCCUUAGUGAUGUGCUGUGCCUGGUUUGAGGGUCAAAUUCCUAGUUGCUAUAACUGGAUUUAACUGCCGCACAUUCUCAUUACAUUACAAUCAAGCCAGGGACAUUAAUAGUUGGUGUAUACUUGAACAUAUUAUAACUGUUUCUGCUUUACCACAUGGGAUCAUGUAUCAAAAUGUAUUAUUAUAGUCUACUAUACAACUCGAGCGUUGAAGUUAAUGGGCCAAAACAGCAGUGGGAGUCUGACUGCCACUCCAGCGCAGCAACAGUGUGAACAUUACCUGGACUGUAAAGUCCACAGACAUGUCUGUAUAGUAUGACGUAUUUACAGUGCUGUAAUCAUCUAGAGAAAACAAGUAAUAAAUGGUAUCAUUCAAGAACUAUGUUUGAUUCUGUUGCAUUCUCAUAAUGCAGCCUUGAAGGCCAAUAAAACUACAAUCAUACCAUUCUAAGUAAUCACUGAUUAGUUAUCAAGUCCAUUCCAUUGUGCCCAAAAGAUGCUACCUUCACCUUCCUGGGACUACCAAGUCUGGAUUUGUGUAAUGGAGGGAAACUACUACAACUACUCCCAUGAAACAUAUUGUAUGAAAGGCCACACGCUUUGCAUCGCAAGUCAUAACAUUUCAGGUAAAUGCAACAACAUUACUUUAGAAGAUGUGUGUUAUAAGCAAAACAUCCUCAAACUACAUAUUUCUUUGAAGAGAAUUCUGACCUCAGGCAAGCACACAAGUAUCCCUGACCAUGUCAAUAGCAUUGUUACUGUGCCAUCCACACACCAACACUGGUUUGAGCAGUCUUGUUAAUGUGCCUAUUAGGAACCUAAAACUGCAGGUUUCCAAAGAGUGAGGGCAAGGUGUUUGGUUUGGGAUGGGGCUUGUAGCUUCUUCUCUCGUUGAUCAUCUGUUCCCGUGUCUUCCCAUCCCCUGUUCCACCGCUGGCCCCCACCAUAUUACUAAACAUAGCCACACCAACAACAUCCACUUCAUCGCUCUGUUUUUUCCGAAUCUGAGGGGGGGCAAAGGUUGUUAGACAAAAGUUAUGUUAUGUAUAAUUCAUGUAAAAAAAAUGAAGUGCUUUUCUCACACCCAAGGUGCGGAUUUUAUGCCAAUCAAGCGUUUCUUAAAAGUUAAUGAGGAAUUUAAGAAACUGGUUGCAGGCAAUCCAUCAACAACGCAAAGCCUCUUUAUUAUGCCUUUUAUUGUAGCUCCCUUCAGUAACCACGAGCACAACCGUUCCUUGAUUUUAACUGGCGGCUUUAUUCUGUAGUUUUAGUCAGAAUUAUCACCUUCCGUGAGAACUAUAAAGUAAAUGAAAAAUACAGUUAAGCACACUCUUACAACCUUAUCUUACGAGUGACUUAUUAGCUUGGUAUAACUCUGAAGUGCUUACAUACAUAACAGUUUAAGCGGCGUUAUAACGGGUUCAGAUUAAACACAUGAAUAAAGGAACAAAUACCUCAUUGGCUGCUUAUUACAGAAGGGAGGAAAUCAAACUUCACACUUAUUAUUCCUGGCAUGAAUUCACACUUAAUCCUAACAUACACUCUUCAACCUUUAUGAACUACACCCGAUGACAUGAAAACUUAGCUAACGCAGCGCAGGAUUGCCUUUCCUCCAAAAGUGUGUUACUACAAUAAGGAUCCCCGAUACAACAGUAUUAGCUACGUAGUUCCGCUUGUAUUAUCAUUUCCCCCGCGCAACGGACACAUAAACAAUUCAAACAAAAGACAACGACAUAACCUUGUCAUCCAACUUCAAUUCCAGAUGCGAUGUUGGAUGUGAAGCAGAUGUGCACAAGGCUGACAGUAAUCAUUCAUUGUGGUGAACAGUGGGACCAGAGAUGUCUGAAGAGGAUGAAGCUCCGCUGGUGAAGAAGACCAGCAUUUUCUAUGGCAGUCUGGAGGAGAGGGAGCAGCUGGGACGAGAGUCCUCUGGGUCCCUUGAGCUUGCGGAACACGUGAGUGAGCUUCAGUCUGAGGUAUUGGCUGACUUUUUCUCGCUCGCUUUCAGUCACAGUAUCCAUUGACGAUAUAGAGGUUAAAGCUUGCUUACGGGCCCUUGGGGAGCCAAUCGCACUGUUUGGUGAGGGGCCUGCUGAGAGACGAGAGAGGCCACAACACCUACGUGGGGGCCAUCUGUUUCCAUCCUCAGGCCACAACACCUACGUGGGGGCCAUCUGUUUCCAUCCUCAGGCCACUCUGACUAUGGAGGACUCUGAUGUUAACAUGGCCUCCUGUGCUGCCAAUGGCACCGUCAAACUCAGACCACAGUGAUGAGCCUGUUGCUGACAUCGAGGGCCACUCCUGAGGGUAGCGCGAGUAGCCUGGCACCCCUGUGGACGCUUCCUGGGCACCACCUGGCCCAGGAGGAGAUCCUGCACCAGGAGGGACACAGUAAAGGAGUCCACGACCUGCACUUCCAACCUGAUGACUCUGGUAGGCACUGGAUCUACGCUAUUGUUGGAAAGUGACUUGCACCAGUCAAGACAGUCAGCACAGUCUACAGGACUCUUAGUUGAAUCCUAGUUUGCCUCGAUAUUAAUCUCUCUCGGGUCUGCAUUCGUUUGGGCGUAUUUGGGACCUUCGAACCGGGUGCUGUGUGAUGUUCCUGGAGAUUUUCAGCAUCGACUUCUCUCCCAACAGCCAAUGACGGUCACUUCCUCCUGACCGGGGCCUGUGACAACACAGCCAAGGUGUGGACCCAUCAGGGCGGGCCACGAGGGCAAGGUGAUGGGCGUGGACAUCGCCACCUGCUCCUACGACCGCACCUUCAAACUCUGGAUGUCAGAGUGAGCAGGGAAGGGAGUAUCACCCAUAGAAAGAGAAUGGCAUUCUAUGGUACCUUCUAUUUCUAUGGUAAUACCGAACUGUCAUCCCAUACAAAUAGAAGAUCAUAAAAUAUUAGCAUUUUCACAAUUGAUGGAUGAGUCUUUGAACAUCCUAAAUAUUCUGAGUUGUACACUUGUCUGAUUUACAUUUAGUAGAUGGUUAAAUUAUUAUUGAACAACAAUGUUAGUCUCUUGAUGUCUACAACUUUGAAGCUGUCCUUUCUCCCAGAUAAUUUGUUAAAUAAUAUGUUUUGGGUGAUUUGUAAACAUGAGUCAGUUGGUGUCAGAAGUCGAUCCUUUUGUCUAGUUUUUAAUAAAAACAAUAACUCCA